CCUUGUUCAAUAGACUAGGCAGUUCUUUUUUAAAUUGUCUAUUUUGAGAGUUGGCUCGCUCUUGUGUUUUGCUGACGCUCAGCCACGUAUGCAGAUCAUGGAGGGCCAGCCCAUGGUGAGCUAUUCGGCAGGAUCAGUGAACUCUAUUGUCUACAAGCUCACCAAGCUAAAGGAUUGCGCCCUUGUAAUUGAAGGGUUACAAAAGGAUCUUAUGAUUCUUUUGGAGAGUUUCAGCCAAGUGGCUGUGUUGCCAAGUAAGAUGAAUUGGCAAGUCCAAGUGUGGAUGAAAAUUGUGAGGGAGUUGGUCUUCGACAUCGAGGACUGGAUCGAUCAGGUGCCGGCGAUGCCAAACACAGGGGGCCAACUACUGGAUUUAGAAGAUGAAGUGAAAAGAUUCAAGGCCCGGAUCGAGCACGCGCUGCCGUCUGAACUUCGUGAUCCUGCUUCUUUACCCGGCCACGCCCAAGUUACAGUUGAUUCACAUAUACUUUUCGAGGAGAAAACUGCCCUUGUCGGGAUGGAAGUUCCAAUGGAUGAGCUUGUCAAGCAUCUCACUGGUGAGCAUGAGAAGAGGCGGAAGGUGGUUUCCAUCCUCGGGGUGGAAGGCCUUGGUAAGACUACUCUUGCCAAGGAGGUUUAUUCAAAGAUUCAAGGGAACUUUGAGUGCCGAGCUUUUGUUACUCUUGGCCGGAGACCAUCCAUUACGGAGACUGUGCAGGAAAUACUUUGUCAAGUAAACCCCUCUGCAGAAAAGAAAAUAAACCUGAAGAUUGAUCCUAGGCGUGGAAGGGGCGCAGCCCAGGAUCUGAAAAAACUCCUCACUGAGCUUUGGAAGUACCUCGCCACAAAGAGGUAUUUCAUCUUAGUGGAUGGCUUAUGGAGCACACAGGCUUGGAAAAUUAUCAAUUCUGCUUUGCCCAACGAGAAUAAUGGAAGCAGGGUAUUGACAACAACAUGCAUCAGUGCUGUUGCUCAACAUUGUUCUGUACGUCCAAUGGAUAUCUAUCGGAUUGAGCCACUUAACGAGGAGAUGUCUGCAAGAUUAUACCUAAAAUUAACUCGGCAAAAAGAAUGGCCGGCUGAUCAUGCUGAAGUAACCAAAAACAUGUUUAAAAUGUGUGGUGGCAUGCCAUUGGCCCUAGUUCUUGCAGCUGGCUUAUUAGCAGCAAAAUGCAAAGAACUACCAGAGCCUGAGAUAUCUGUUGUUUCAUCAGUGGAGCAAUAUUCCAAAUCAGAUGGGAUUAUGAAGACACUGCAGAUGAGUUAUGAUGCUUUGUCUUUGCCUCUGAGGUCUUGCUUGUUGUACCUAAGUGUCUUUCGAGGAGGUUGCACCAUCAAGAAGGACCGUCUGAUACGAUUAUGGAUUGCUGAAAGACUUAUCCGUCGAAAAGAUGAUGAAAGAAGAGCUCAAGAAAUAAGACGUGAUGGAGGAGAAGAAACGAGAGUUGAAGGAGGUGAAAUCAUAGGAUAUGAAGAAAAUGGAGGUAAAGAAACAGGAGACGAAAAAAGCUUGUGGGAGACAGGGCAGCUCUACUUCAAAGAGCUCAUCAUCAGGAGACUGAUUCAGCCUGUGUUCAACUACAAUGAUGACCAGCCAGAGGGUUGCACCGUUCACGGUGUAAUUCUUGAUUUCAUCAAUUCUUUGUCGAGCAAAGGUAACUUUGUUACAGUUGGUGGUGCUCAUUUGAGCACAGACACGGUUCGGCGAUUCUCGCUGGACUGCUUUAACAACAAUGACGAAGACAGAGAUGCCACCUUGGCAUCAUUUGCUAUACACUUAUCUAGAGUGCGAUCGGGGGAGCCCUCAUCUCUCAUCGAGUAUGUAUGCACUAUGGGAAUACAACCAUUUAUUGCACCUUUGUUGUGCAAACCAGCUACCUUAACCGUUUUUACAACGUGAGGGAAAAAAACAGGCAAUUGUUUCCAUGAGUGCACGUCAGAGAUGAGGGCUCUGAAGAAUGUUCCAUCUUAAAACCAAUAACUGAAAGCAAUAUUCAGUACGUAGUACCAGUAUACAAAUAGUUUUUCCAAUGAUGCUGGAUUAAUCAACAAGCAAGAGAAUAUGUCCUCUCUCUUAAUUUAUAGAACAACCUGAACAGUAAGCUAUAAUAUCCUCAAGUCACGACUAACACGCACGCACUGAGCUAUCAUAAAUUCAGGACCUACUUGUGCAAUUUUUCGAUCGUUUUUGCAUGUGUCUGGCUUUGUGUUAAUUUAAUCAAGAGAAAUUUUGAUUUGGUUCAUCAACCAACAUCAGGGGAAACACAACAAAUCAUGCAUGUGAUGCAUCAGAGUUCGCUCAUAGGUGCAUCAUGCGUGAACUGAAAAACUUCUAAGCAUGGAUAAUAAAUGAUAAAACACUUUUUUUUUGUGGGA